AUGUAGAUACCAGUCAUUAUCUAAUAAGCAUCAGCAAGAAAUUUCUCUUAGGAUCCUAAAUAAAGUGCAAGCACAAAUUAAAAGUAAUAGCAAUAACAGCAUACUUCUAAUGCCUUGCAAAGCAGCCGAUAUAUAUUUUACAAAGACCCAAGACUCAGAGCUGUAGCAAUGAAUUUAUUUAUACUUGCAUUCAUAAUUUUCUUUUCUGGUAAAGCCACUCGCUGGCUGAUAGAAAGGUAUGUGAUUGAUAAUGUUAGUGAUAUCCCUAAGGCCAAAUAAUUGGGUAAAGAGGAUGAAUAAUAGUCAAGAAAGCUAGCACUAUUGGGAAUGCAAGCUAGCUCAGAGUUCUAUAAGGCUCCCAAGAUCAAACCUAGUGAUUUACAGCUUUAAUCCUUCUUUGGUAAGAAUAGAAACUUCUUUAUUUAGCUAAUAAAUGAUGUGGACACAGAAAUAUCUAAUACUUAGAGUGAUUUCGAUCCUCAAUAUUAUAUGCUAAAGAGGUUAGCUAGAAAAAAGACUCAGCCUGUCUAUGGCUAUAGACUCUAUCUCUCAGAUUAUAUAAAGGACGAUAAAGAUAUGGCCAUAUUGAAUAAGGUCUUGAAUGUAUCAGGAAAAGAAGAAUUUGAAGAGGUGGCGCAUGUAUUAGUUAAUGAGGAUAGAAUGAAGAUGCCAGUAUAUAAAAGAGACGCCACAAGUUAAGCAAUAGGAUUUAAAUUUAUAAUGAAUCCUACUGCAAUAGAUAAUAUUGAUGAUUUAUUUGAAGCAUUGGAAGCUAAUAAAGGAUCUAAUGUCAAGUAUGUGAUCAUGCUAAAUACUAAGCAAUGGUCUACCCCAAGAGACAUGACGGUUCAAUAGAAGCUCUAUAGAAAGUUCUUCUAUGAGAACAGCAGUUUCCUUGAAAAUGAGGUUAAAUUUAUUGAAAUCACUAGUAAUCGUGUUGCCCAUAGAUUCGGUAUAUAAUCUCCUAAUGAAAUCUACAUAUUCUAAAAUAAAAACCCUUACUCAAAAAUUACUGAGGCGGAAUAAGUUAAAUUUAUGGGAUUAGAAUUGGAAAAGGUAAAGUGCCAACAUCUAGACAUCUCUGAAUUUGAGAGGAAAUAUUAAAAGUAUUUGUCUGAGAUGGAUAAAAGAGAAUUCGAGUCAUUUUUAAUGUCGGAAGAAAAUAUUGAUGACACAUUCGGUAGAUUAACUUAAUUUAUAGAAGAUGUCCUAAUUAACAGAGCAUAAAACAACGUAAUACUUGUCAAUACAAGUUAAAUGCUUAAAUUCUACAAAAAUCACUUUCAAAAUAGACGAUAGGAUGUAAUUUUAGUGAAUGAUGUCUAGUCAAAACUACUUGAAAUAGCUGAUAACAUUCAUCAAUCUGGAAAUUAAAUAAGUAUACCUAUCUUACUGACUGAUGUAAAGGAUGCUCAUACUUAUUUUGGCAUGCUGGCAUCUGAAGAUAAAUGUAAGAGGCUUAUUAGAUACAACUACUUAUACCAUGACUAAGAAAAAACAGUUCUUCGUUUAGAGGAUAUUUCUAAUGAUGAAAAGUUAAGAGCUAAGUGUGAAAAAGAUUACAUGCAUUUAUACACACUUAAAUAUGAUUUAGGGGAUGAUUUAAGUUAUGAUAGUAUUAAGAAAUGCAUGUCUCAGUAAUAAACACCACAUUUGGAAUCUGAUUAAAGUAAAUAAACAGAAUUAGAUAUAGUGCCAAAGCUUAACAGAGAAAACUAUAAAUAAUAACUGAACUAAAAAGAAGUCAGUAUCAUCGAGGUAUAUGCAAAUAAUUGUCCUGGAUGCAAAAAGGUUGACUCAAUUAUGUCAAAUCUCAAAUCUAAAUUAGAAUCAGAAUCCAAAUCUUCCCAAUAAUUAGUUAAAAUGAAUGCUUUGAAUGAAGUUGGCUUUUUGAAGGACAUUGAAAAGACUCCGUCAUUUUUAGUUUAUAGCAAAAAGAAGAAUAGCUUUGUUCAGGUAGAUACUAGUGUAAAGGCAAAUGAUAACAUAGACUACGAAAAUAGUGAAGAGUUGACUAAACAUUUAGUAGCAAGAAUAUAGCAAGCUAUUAAAUAGUUAUGA